GCGUCGCCGGGAGUGCCGGGAAGCGAACAGUCGCUGACGAUCAGAAAUCUAAAACAUUAACAGCGAGUAGGGCAGUGUAGAGUAAACGGCAAUGUAAAUUCCCCAUCAAUAACAAGAGAACGCCAGCUGAUAGCAACUGAGUAUUUCGAUGCCCGAUGUACGCUCUUGAACAUUCUGAGCCAAUAAGAAGUGAUCACUUUCCCUACAACAAAUUGAUUUACUAUGACAGAUGCCGAGCUGCAGAACUCACAUUAAUUGUUCACUUUCCGUUACCCAAACAUAAAAUUAACAAGUCGACAAACAAAUUCCUACACUAACACGCGCGAGGAUCAACUGAAAUAAUAAUAGCAUAGCUCACCAUUUGAUACCAAAUACCAUGUCAAAAUAUCAGAAGCUUGACAACGCACUGCUAUCCAACGCUCACGAUGACGACUCUGAAGGGGGUUUCCCGGUUUGCUUUGAUGAUAAUCAUCAAAAUACGGGCUUCCAACGGGAUCCAGAUACUAGAGAUGAUCGACUGCUAGAUUAUCAAGACAGGUAUUACAGCGUUAACAACAACGAAGUGGAUAGGGAGGUGGUGACAAUUGGGUCAAAUGUCGUCCGAGUUCCAGAGGAGCAAACCUGGGAGGUGCCACUGUUGGGCGACUGUGGUGACAGUGCGAGGAAUCAGAGUUCGGAAGCGGAAUUUGAUAUGCAGCGUGAUUGCUGCAAUCAUCAACCAGGGUUCAGGGACAACCCAAUGAGCAAAUCUGCACAGGAGGCCAAAUAUAAAAUUAUGCUAGCAGUUUUCCUGUGUUGCAUAUUUAUGAUCAUUGAAUUUCUUGGCGGCUAUGUGGCCGGAAGUCUAGCUAUAAUGACGGAUGCCGCCCAUUUAGCAUCUGAUUGCAUUAGUUUCGUCAUCGGCUUAGUCGCUAUAUGGAUAGGGAGUCGCCCGCCCGACGAACGUAUGUCCUUUGGGUACAAACGCUUUGAGGUUAUUGGAGCUCUGGCCUCUAUCUUGGGAAUUUGGUUUGUAACUACCCUGCUCGUGGUUGUGGCUGUUCAAAGGAUCUACUCUCAGGACUUUGAACUAAACGCCGAUAUGAUGAUGCUUAUUUCAGGCAUUGGCAUUUUCAUAAAUAUUGUAAUGAUGUUUGUUUUGCAUGGAUCCUGGUUCGUCAGUCGGAAUGGACAUGGCCACAGUCACAGCCAUAAUCACGAAAACGGACAUGAGCCAAAUAAUAGUCCUUCACAAACGCGUUCCAACUCCUACAUUUAUUCGGCGAGUGGUGGCCAAAAUCCUUCAAAGGUGGAUGAAAGGCAUUCAGUAAGGAAAGAAAUAAAUUUAACCGAGCAUAAGAUUCUUAUUACAAAUGGAAAAAAAACACAUCAGGCUGGGACUUCAAAAAUGCAAUUGGCACACGAGGAGAAAAACCUGAACUUGCGUGCUGCGAUGAUUCAUGUAAUUGGGGACCUAGUGCAGAGCAUUGGCGUUUUUUUGGCCUCCGUCCUAAUUAAAGUUUGUCCAGGUGCCAAAUAUGCUGAUCCCCUGUGUACUCUAAUAUUUUCAAUUAUUGUAUUUAUGACUACUCUGCGUCUGUUUCGGGAGUCUAUGGGCAUCAUCGUGAAUGCAGUUCCACAGAACCUUAAUAUGCGCACUCUGCAUUUGGAGCUGGGCAGCCUCCAAGGUGUCAGAUCUGUCCACCACCUAAACGUGUGGCAACAAACCUCUCAGCAAAGGGUGCUGAUGGUACAUCUCGUUAUAGACUCUCGAGCUGACUGCAAUGAGGUACUGCAGAAUGCCACGGAUCUAGUCGCUGGCCCAAAAUAUAACGUAAAGCAUGCAACUAUUCAAAUAGAGCCAACAACUCUGUAGUCUAUACUAAUGAAAAUAAUCUGAAAAAUUUUGUUAAUUCUGAGCCACAAAGGUAUCGAUGGCAUCUAGACGUUAUAUUAAAUCAUGUUAUUUUACUUUAUAUUUAAUGUUUAUAGUUUGCUUAUGUACUGUAUAAUUUAUUCUUAAGCAUUUAGUGACAUUACCCCAAAGAAAAUACAUUAUUUGACUUUUAGAA